CAAAGAGGCACCGCUCUAAUUCCUUACACAACACACAGCGUCCUCCUACGCUUCUUGACCUCCGAUCGCAACGCGGCCGGCCGCACGCUUUUGACUGCUCAAUGAGAAUGCGCCUGCGAUUCUAUUAAUUCUGUAUAAGCGUUCGAAACGCGCUCAUAACAGUAAUGUCAUCACCAAACUCGCCCCGGGCCUCGCAGGGUGCGGACACAGAUCCCGCCACCGAAUCAACACCAGCUCCAGCUCCCACACGAGUCCCCUCCACGAACCCCGAGCUUCAAUUAUCUACAUUGCAAUCUUUACCCGCUGAGCAGCAAGACCUAUAUCUAUUGAACUUUGUCGCCUCCCUUAGCAAGCAUGCUCUUGCCCUUGCUGCUGAUGAUUGCACCGCCCAGCAAUUCUAUCUCAAAAAAGAGGUCUUUCAGAUCAUUAAUCUGCAAACACCAUCUCCAGGUCGAGUCAUAAGGAACAAUUUGGGUAAAAUCCUAGCGCAUGUGCUUGGGAAAGGCGACAGAAAGCUCUUGUUCGAGACGGUCAACGAACUGUCCACUAUUGUUUCAAGUAGCAAGUCCAAGACCGACUCCGAAGUUCGCACAAAACAUGCUGCUGUGGUUUGUCUGGGCGACGUAUAUGCUGCGGCUGGUGACAGUGCCAUCAACCUGCACGCGCUCGCUUGUGGGACCUUGGUUAAACUAGUCAAGUCUUCUCAGAGUCAUGCUGGGCUGCGUGCUGCUGCCUUCACCACACUUGGCAAAGUAGCCGGUAUGAUCCAAGGUAGUAUGGAAGAAACUAUAGCCAGAGACAUCUGGAAACAAGCCCGGAGUGCGGCGACUAGCGAUAAGGGGUCACUUACCAUCGUUUCUGCCUGUCGCUGCUUGAAAUCACUAGUCAGGAACACACCGUAUUUUGAAAACUCGGGCGACUUCGAUAGCUUAAAAUCAACUAUCCUCAAGAUAAUCGACUCGAGUUCCUCUCAAGUCCGGCAUGCUGCAGCUGACUGUUUGGCGGAAGCCAUGGUUAAAAACCACUCCGAACAGGGGGCCAGUGCUAGUUCAGCCCUGAAAUUUAAGAAGCCCAAGAGGACCAACACGUUUAAGAGAGCUUCCAUGGCCCCAGGUGGUGUAGUGGACGAGGAAGAUGAUAUCCCAUCACGGCCUGGUAGCCCAGCCCCUGGAGGUGGAAAGAAAAGCCAGGAUUUGGUGCUUUCGUUACAAGAUAUUAUGAAAACAUUAUCCACCCAGUAUACUCGCAUGUCUACAACGAAUAGGGCCAGGGCAGCUAUCGGCGUAUGCUAUGGGAGAGUAGUCAAGCGCCUAGGAGAGAAAUUCGUCGAGACCAAUUAUAUAAGAAUUCUUGAACACUUGGCGGUCGAUAUCCUGGGUAAUCAAAACAUACUCAAUAAUCGGUAUAGGCUGCUCAUCUCUCGUCGCAUCGUAGACACGGUACUUCAAGAUAUCAUUGGACGCAGAAUACUUGGAGAGUCUGGUCAAAUGAGAGUUGCGAAGUCUGUCGUCAACGAAAUCUUCAAGAAUUAUCCCGAGGUCAUAAAAGAGCGGCCCGAACCAAGCAAAUAUACGCUCAUUUCAUCCCUGGGGGCUGUCACUUCACUCAUAAACUCAUUAGGUUCUGCUUCAAAUGAUUUUGCAGAGGGUUGCCGAGAUGGUCUCUUACAAAUUUUGCAACAUCCUAGCUAUACUGUACAGGUGUAUGCGUCACAAUGUAUGAAGGCGUUGGUCCUUGCGUGCCCUCAACAACUCCUUUCAUGUCUCUCUAUCUGCAUGAACAGCUUAACCAGGGAACUUAAUCUGCUCACGGGAGGACGAAACUCCCCUACGAGAUGUGUCGGUUUCGCUCACGGGCUCGCGGCUGCUCUAAGUACCAGCUCAGCGCGUCCACUAUAUGGGUCACUCGAUAUCAACAACCGUGUCUACUCUAUGGCAACUAACUUGCUUAAAUCAAGCGGACAGUCAGAACUACGGGUUUCAAGCGCACAAAUUCAAGUCGCAUGGAUUCUGCUGGGGGGCUUGAUGUCACUUGGUCCAAACUUCGUCAAAAUCCACCUCUCCCAGCUGCUGGUUUUGUGGAAAAAUGCACUCCCUAAGCCUCUUGCUAAAGACAACUUCACUCACCGAAGUAUCCUCGAGGUUUCAUUCCUUACCCAUGUCAAAGAGUGUGCCUUGAGUUGCAUUCUAUCGUUCCUGCAGUUCAAUAGUCGUCUUUUGACCGUUGAUGUUUCCAAGCGUAUAGCAACGAUGCUUCAAGGAACCACAGCCUUUCUUAAGCUUCUUCCCUCAAAAAGGACCACCGAUGAUAUCUCUCAAAGAUUAACACCAGCCUUACAACUACAAGAUCUUGACAUGAUGGCUCAGAGACGAGUCCUUCAAUGCUACGUCAAGCUUGUAAACCAGAGCCCGCCAGGUGGUAUCGAGGCUUUAUUGCAGUCGAACUUGCUCACCAUUGCCAUAUCACUUUUCGCCGACCCCGAGAACUAUGGUGGCAACUCUUUGAGUGCCUCGAUUGCUAAUGCGGCGGGCACCUUCGAGACAGUCUGGGAAGUUGGCGAUAAUGCCGGCUUCGGUGUCAACGGGCUGAUUCGCGGGUUCAAGUCGAAAAAACUUCCAGGUGAAAAGGAUGAAUCCACUGAGGAAUUGUUGGUAGACGAAACGGACCCAGAUCGCAUCAUCGAUAGCCUUCUUCUGUCGCCAAUAUGCCCGUCCCUGGAGCAUGAUGCUGCUACUCUGUACAUUGGUAAUUUGGACCCUGCAUCAGAACUCCCAGAUCCGCCGGCUACCGAAGUUGUGAAUAUGGCAGUGCGCCUAUUCGCUUUUGUCUUUCCUGUAACACCUGCCAAAGUUCAAGAGAGCGUUCUUGAACAAAUAGCUACAUACACGUCAGCUGGGUCUCUGCAACGGGACCCUGGGAGAAAAGCAGCUAUGGCUGUAAAUAUUGCUAGUGCUUUACUUUCAACGUUAAAGGUGGCUGUCAAGGAAACACAAUCUUCCUCAGGAAACAUCACCAAUCCGGCAGUCGAGAAGCUACUUCAAGAGAUGAUCAGGGAAUUUGUCGUGGACCCCGAUCAGUAUAUCCGAAGUAUUGGGUACGGCGCUAUCGCUAGAUUAUGUAACGCUUCUGGUAACGGCUUCACAAACCAUGAGGUAAAGUACCUAGUUGACAUGAUUGUGGGAAAUAGGGAGCCUAGCGUACGCGCGGGAUGCUCUAUGGCUCUAGGCUGCAUCCAGGCCAAAGUGGGAGGCAUGGGAGCUGCGUACCAUCUAAAGACUAUCACGGGGAUACUAAUGUCUCUUUGUAAUGAUCCACAUCCGACAGUUCAUUACUGGGCUUUGGAGGCCCUGGGUCUCGCUGCAGAUGCAGCUGGCCUAGGGUUCGGUCCUUAUGUGUCUGGGACACUUGGAAUGUUAGCCCAACUAUAUCUCUCCGAGUCACAUCAUACCGAGGUAGCAUCGCCUAUAUCGAUGAGUCUCGAGAUGGAAUUAUCCACCGUUACGGCUAUUGCCCGUUGCGUUGAUUCUUUGAUCAAUGUGGUAGGACCCGACUUACAGGACUCUACCAAGUCUCGUGAGCUUAUUUUCACUUUGGUUGGCCAAUUCCAGAAAGAAGAGGAUAUACUCACCCAAAGGGCUUGCCUCGGAUGUCUUGAGCACCUCUCUCUAUAUGCCCCGGGUCACAUGGUUUUCGCGGACUACGUUAAGCUGCUACAAAAGUACUUGAAAUCUGAGUUCCCUGAUAUUCGCGAUGUUGCUGUGGAUGGACUAUACAAUCUAAUGAAGCGAGAUCCCCAUGACGUUCUUCUUGCGGCAGAUCCGGGCUUCGAGGACCAACUCUGGCUCGUUCUAGAUACAUCGCCAGAUCACGAUGGCAUUCGAACCCUCGUCCGCAAUUGGCUGCGUCAAACCUUUUUAAAAGAUACAAGUGCUUGGUUGUCACGAUGCCAAAAUGUACUUAAAAUGACCCGACCAAAGGUUAUUGAACCAUUACCACAGAAAAAUGCCAAGCCAAGUGCUAACAUUGAUCUCCACGAUGAAGAAGUUGCUGGCUUCGCUGCAGCCGCUGGUGCUUCCAAGGAUGAGAAGGACCCCGCUGGCAGUUCUGAGAUGGAACCUCUACGUUGGCAAGUGAGGACUUUCGCCAUGAGUUGUCUUAGUGAUAUCUUUAUCUUGGUCACAAAAGAUGUCGCUACAAAUGGAGAAUCGCCUGCGCAACCGUUACUGCAGAGCCGGAUAGCAGACGUUAUCCGCACGGCUUUCUCUGCAUCCACCUCCAGCGUACUAGAACUUCGAAUUUGGGGUUUGAAGAUUAUUGGCGCCGUACUGAAGAUGUUCGGCAAAACGCCGGAUCCGGACUUUGAAGAAGCCAUGCUGCUAGAACAGUAUCAAGCACAAAUCAGUUCGGCGUUGACGCCCGCAUUUGCGGCUGAUUCCUCUCCAGAGCUCGCCUCCGAAGCUGUUAAUGUGUGCGCCGCCUUCAUCUCGACUGGUAUUGUGACGGAUGUUGAUCGAAUGGGACGAAUCUUGAAGACCCUUGUUACUGGACUGGAGAACUUUUCCACAGAUGUAGAGAAUGCAGGGAUCGGAGACUUGAAAGGGCUAAGUCCUAACGCUCAGGUAAUGGUCAAGAUGUCUGUCUUCUCAGCAUGGGCAGAUCUUCAAGUGGCCAGCUUAGAGCAGAAAUACCUCCUUGAGGUUCUAAAGCCUCAUGUCAACACAUUAACACCGCUGUGGCUAGCUUCUCUGCGCGAGUUUGCGCGUCUCCGGUUCGAGCCAGACAUAUCGAUGACACUUGGGCCACCAUCUAUGUCAGGCAGCUUAGAGACGAUUUAUUCUGCUCUCAAUCGGGAGACCCUUCUUAGGUUCUACCAAGAAUCAUGGCUCAAGCUCGUCGAUGCUAUUGCGAGCCUCAUUGAACAAGACAGCGAGUUUGUCUUCGAUGCUCUUGACGGCAAGGAAACCGACGGUCCUGCGCCCAAUGGUCAGUCUAAGGGUGCUGAUAUCAACUACCGCGACGAACCUGUAGCAUUCUUCUUUGUUCUCUUUGGUAUUGCGUUCGAGGCACUUGCAACCCGUCCAGGCCAGACUGACUCUCUUGCCACCCAAGAACAAACUCUCCCGAUUCUGCAGGCCCUAAAGAAAAUCCUCCACCCCAGCGUCUCUGGCCAAGCCAUAUACAGGGAAGCAAUCUUCUCCGAGACAAUGGAUCUCCUAGAUCGCCUUGUCUUGACAGAAAGCCUCGAUGUUCAAAGUGUCAUCGUCGAAAUUGCACGGGCCUUAUGUAUUGCCCAUCCAUCAGCCAGAAAAAAUGGUCAGACAGAAGACGGGGACCUAAGUGAAGAUAUCGAGCAGCUAUUUGAACUGACCAGGAUCAUUGUGUUGGUCCUCUCAGGUCUGCUACCGAACCUUACAGAGGCCAAUCAACAGGUUCGCUAUCAGUUGACUGAGGAGUCAGUCCUACUCGUAAGAACUGGCCUGAGCGCUAUUGUCGACGCUGCCGAGGUAUUCCCUGCUAUCAUCAAAACAGAUUUACAUGCAUGUAUCAUCCACAUCUUUGCGACAAUACUUGCAACUUCCUCUUGUCAGGAAAUAAUUGUACCUCAGGCGUUGCCCAUGUUUAAGCGGUUCGUCGCAAGCAUGGCCAACUCUCGUAACCUUUCUGACGACAAAUCGCCUACUGAUAGCCAGGUGCAAGGCUGCUUGCGUCGCUUCCUAUCUAUUUAUUUGAAUGCUCAGAGGCGAGACACACCACAAUCACUGCAAUGCGUCAAAAAUUGCCUCCUUAUAAUUACCAUCCUCUUCACUGGCGGCAACAAUCGAUUAGCAGCCAAUGAUCGCGUAGUUGCGAAAUUUUUAGACGAAGUUCUGGACUGUCUAACUGAUCGCAUGACUGCCAAGAUUGCUGCCAACUGUAUUAGAUCUCUGAUGUUGCAAAACUCUCCAACACCAGCUGACCAGUCGAUUGCUCGCUAUCUACUCCCGCGACUUGUCGCUUUUGUGUCCGACACUGAUCGUGAUGAUCCAGAGGGUGCCAGAAAACUUGUAGCGCAAACACUAACGCAAUAUGUGUCGGUAAUAAGCAAAGACCACGCACAAAUCGCAAUGUCCAUUGUGGUUCCAACAUUACUCAAUCGAGCUGCCAAUGAGGGAGACGAAGUGUACAAGGAGACAAGCACAAGGUUGCUUGAAUUGGCCUCGGUGAAUCAAGCGGCCUUCAAGGGAAUAGUAGGAGCAAUGAAUGAGGGCCAGAAGGCUUUUAUGGAAGAAGUGCUACGUUCUGGCCGCCAGGACAACGAUGCUGAUCGGGACAACAAUAACACGGGUCAACCCAGCAUCACGUUGAAGAUGAAUUUUGGCGGCAGUUAAGCUUCAAUGUUAUUUUAUGAGAGAAGAAAACAAUAAUGAUAUGAUCGGCAAGAUCUACGAAUACUUAUGCUACGCCUAGGUCGAUUCUGCAAACAGAUACAACUGGGGUGUGCCAUCGCAUUUAGAAAGAAUUCUCAGAAGUUCUUCACCAUCACCCUGGGAAGUACAGCAUCUAGUGAGCCUUACCUCGAGCAAUUACAGGAAUAUCUUAGCUAUAGACUUAGAGAAAUACUACGUGAGUUAAGCCCAUUGAUUGUCCGUAACUAUGAGUUUGGUCAUCU